AUGUUCGAGGUUAGAGGGAAAACAGUGGUCAUUACUGGAGGCGCUCGAGGGCUGGGGUUGCAUUUUGCUCAAUGUCUGGCCCAAUUUGGUGCCAACAUCGCUGUUAUCGACCUCGCCAGCAAGCCGUCUGAAGCGUUCCUCGAGCUCCAAGGAAAGGGAGGUAACCACAAAUACUAUCAGGCCGACGUCACCGACUACGAUGGAUUAAAAUCUACCAUCGACACAAUCGCCAAUGAUUUUGGUUCUAUCAAUGGAUGCAUUCCAGCUGCUGGUAUCAUUCGAGACAAGCCUUUUCUCGAACACUCCAAAAGUGACAUCGACAGCACAUUGGCGGUCAAUCUCAAUGCCGUGUUCUAUACGGUUCAGCAUUGCGCGGCCAAAAUGAAGGAGCAGAAGUCCGGCGGCAGUAUAAUCUGCAUUGCCUCGACUGCAUCACACCAGUCGCUGUGGCCGCAGACCAUCACUGCUUAUACGGCAUCCAAAUUCGGUGUUCGUGGCUUCACGAAGCAAGCGGCGGCCGAGUUGGCACAGUACAACAUCCGAGUCAACUCGAUUAGCCCCGGCUGUAUGAUGACUGAUAUGCUGCAAUCCGUGAUAACGGGGGACGAGUCACGCAGAAAACUUUUCGAGGACAACUGUGUUAUGCACCGCAUCGCAAAGCCUUCUGAGCUCAAUGGAAUAGUGGUGUACCUGAUGAGUGAUGCUAGCAGCUAUGCGACCGCCGCAGAUUAUCGGGUGGACGGAGGUGUGCUUUGA